AUGGUCCCCGUUCCUCGGCCUGACGGCCAUCCCAAUCUCAACUACAUUCCCGUCUCUCAACCCAUGUCGGGAACAUCGACGGGAAGCAACUCACCAAACGAGUUGACGGCUAAUCUAGGAAAAUCUCCCUUUGGCGUCCCCAAUGGGCUAGGCAGUGCUUCGGGGUCGAUGGGGGGUGCACGUCGAGGGGCUGGCUCCCCAUCUCAUGAGUUGGGUUCUCGUCUCUUCUCGAAACGAGCUCGUGAAAUCCAGGCACAAGAAGGUCUCUCUCCGAGUAUCUGGGGCCCGCCAACCAGCGGCCAUUCGACACCGCUUCGCGAGAACAUCCCCGAGUCACCAAGUCAGGAUGGCUUCCCAGAUCUUAUGCCCCCUCCCGAGUCUACAAUGAACAGCCCCGGUCGACGCGCAAGGGCUGGUACUGUUCCAUCGCGCUUUCCAGCUGUUGGUUCCUUGAACGGCAGUCCUCAACCGCAAAAUCUUUUAUCGAAAGCAUCCCGCGGUCCUACUCCAUCUGGCAGUCCUUUCCGCCCUCCAGGUUUGUCUGGUAUCGAUACGGCUCCCAACACCACGAGCGCCGGUGCGGGAAGCAAUCCAGCAACUCUGUCUCGUCUACGCGCUGGGUCUAUGCCACAACGUACCAACAGUUUUCUGGGCUCGUCUAGUCCAUUUGGUUCGUCGCUUUUUUCCACCAACUGGUCCUCCGGCCGCGAACGUGCGUCAACUUUGGCCAGUAUUCGGUCCUCCGAAGGCCCAGGUUCGCCUAGUCAAUCCUCUUUCUCAGGUGGUGGUCUCGCCGAUGCCGAUGUGAAAACACUCGAUUAUCUCGGACUUGCGGAAACACCCCAGCAGCCGGGCUCAUAUGCUGUCGAGGCUCUCCUUCAACAACAACAACAGCAGCAGCAGCAGCAGUCUUCUGCUCUGCCUCCGCUUCUGGCAGAACUGGCUAUGUUGAAAAACAACAACCGGUUUAGAUCCUAUUCUGUCAAUGCAAAGGAAAAAUACGCCGAGGAUGAUGAGGAGUAUGGCUCAGCGUAUCCGCAAGUCCCCUCGGGUACCAUGACUCCAUCUGCUGCUGCCACUGCUGCACAACUUGCCGCCACUCAAGCUCAAAUCCACCAGCAUAACCUUGCCGUCCAGGCCUUUGCUAAUCAUGCUUCCGCAAACCGCCCUCGCGCUCGAACUGCUGGAGUUCUUGAUACUCCCUCGCAGCGCUCUUCAAUUCGCAGCUACCUUGCAACUCCUUCUCGAUUAGAGAAUAGCAUCAGUGCUGCAGAGCUGCGUAUUGCCGAAGGAGCAGAGUACGACGAACUUUCAGAGGCUGUUCAGCUAAUGCAUCUCGGCGGCACUAGUGGUGCCAACCUAGGUGUGAGAUCCUCUGUUGAAAAUGUCGAUGAAGGUAGUAUUGAGGGCCCUACUCGGGCUCUUUGGAUUGGCAGCAUCCCGGUUUCAACAACGGUUACUUCUUUGGAGGCAAUUUUCAGCAUGUACGGCAAGAUCGAGUCAACCCGAGUCCUAACUCACAAGAACUGUGGCUUUGUCAACUUUGAGCACCGCGAAAGUGCCGUACAGGCCAAGAACGUCCUCAACGGCAAAGAAAUAUUCCCUGGUGCAGGACCGGUGAGAAUUGGAUUCGCCAAGGUCCCUGGUACUUCGGCCGCUGGAACACCUGGCCCCAAUGGGACACAACCCUCUCCAACACCUGACCCUAGUGCCGCUUUGGGAGAGCUUGGUCUUGAUGCUUCUAGACCUGAUCGAUUUAGCGCUAGUACUCCGCAAGUUCCUCCGUUGUCAGAAUUGCAGCCUGAAAUGGCGGAGAUUGUGAGAGAAUUCGGAGCAUCGGACGAGGAUGCCUAUAGAAUCUCAGAGAGUGUACAGAGCGCGAUUUCUUUCCAUGCUUUCGAGGACGAGAUCCCCGCCAUUCCGGAGCCGAGUGCUACCAGGAUGCAUGAUGCGCCAAAGCUUCGAGAUAUCAGAAAGAGAAUCGACAACGGUCUCUGUUCGGUUCAGGAAAUUGAAGAGACUGCCAGUGGUAUGCUUCCAGAGAUUGCAGAGCUUUCUUCAGACUACCUUGGCAACACAGUUGUCCAAAAAUUGUUUGAAUUUUGCUCUGAACAGACAAAGGAUCAGAUGCUAGCUCAAAUCUGCCCUCAUAUGGCCGAAAUUGGUGUUCACAAAAACGGCACCUGGGCCGCCCAGAAAAUCAUUGACGUGACGAAAGCGCCAGCCCAAAUGGAAAUGAUAGUGGAAAACCUGCGGCCUUAUACUGUGCCUUUGUUUCUCGACCAGUACGGCAACUAUGUACUUCAGUGCUGUUUACGAUUCGGUGCACCAUAUAAUAACUUUAUUUUCGAGACCAUGCUCACCAGAAUGUGGGAAGUUUCUCAGGGACGCUUUGGUGCCCGCGCUAUGCGGGCCUGUUUGGAAAGUCAUCAUGCGACCAAAGAUCAGCAACGGAUGCUUGCAGCUGCUAUUGCGCUCCAUAGUGUUCAACUAGCCACGAACGCGAAUGGUGCUUUGCUUCUCACCUGGUUCCUCGAUACAUGCACCUUCCCCCGCCGAAGGACCGUUCUUGCGCCUCGCCUCGUCCCCCAUCUGGUGCAUCUAUGUACCCACAAGGUCGCUUAUUUGACUGUCUUGAAGGUUAUAAACCAGCGAAAUGAACCCGAUGCACGCGAAAUCGUCCUCAAGGCGCUCUUUUUCAGCCCCGGGGAUGAGGUAUUAGAGAAUAUCCUUAGCGAUCCUACAUCGGGUGCCACCCUGAUCUUCAAAGUUCUCACGACACCCUUCUUCGACGAAUCGAUGCGUGCCGAGGUCGUUAAGAAUGUUUCCAAAGUUCUCACCAAGUUGAAAGCGACGCCAAGUCAGGGCUACAAACGGUUGAUGGAUGAAGUUGGACUGUCCUCACGGGGAAGCUCUCGUGACCAUCACUCUGGAAGAGAUGGAAGCGCAGGCCAUGGCUCCAUCGGGGACAAACAGCAUCGUCCGAACUCACGCCAGGCCAGCGCAAACUACCAUGCUUCUGAGAAACAGUUCAACAAUCAAUACGCGGGGGCUUCGAAUAUCGACAAUACCGGGCGACCUGCUGAGCCGUCCUACGAAUACGCCAGCAAUCUCUCGGGAAUCAACGGCCCGGGAUUCGGGCAAGAAGGAGCUCUGCCACAACAAUUACAAUACCAGGCUUACCUUCAGCCUCGCGGUGUUCCCCAAAAUGGAAUUUACCCCGGCUCCAUGGGCGGAAAUGGCUAUCAAGGCUAUCCUUCCAGCGUGGAUAAUUUCAGAGGUCUCCCAGGCACACCGCCUACGAUACCUGGACCCCCUCCAGUCAACCCUAACGCUAUGCUCAAUCAACACGCAUUUGCUCCUCCACAGUACAGCCCAGUUUUGAAUCCGGCUCAGAUGUACCAAUAUUCGCCUCAAUACUACCCUCAAGCGCAGCCCAUACCUAACCAGGCUGCGGGUGGACGACGUGGUCGACGCUGA